GUAGAUGUCAUCGGGAAAGCGCAAUGUCGAUGAAGACGACAAGUCAGUUGCUAAGCGCACAAAGGCCUCCGACAAAGGGAAAAAAGUAGUUACCAAUGAGGUAAAUUUAACAUGUAUACGUAAAUGUGUGCUGUCACAUAAAUUAUUAUUAUUGUAUUGUAUUGCUAGAUAUACUUGAUCUAUGUGUAAAAGGUAUAAAUAAUUUGAUCUUUUACAUUAUUGCAGGAACAAAGUAUAAACAACUCACUUGAACGUGCACUGCAACGUCUACUAGAAAAAUAAGCAUCAAUAAUUGCAGGGAAGAUCACUGCAAAAGAAAAGAUUAAGGAGCCAAUAGUAGAGAGUGACAAUGACGAAGAUCGUUGUAGGGUCCAAUGUAGAUGCAGUCCAGAACGAUUAAGAGAAAUUGUGAUCGGUUUGAACGAAGCACAAGAGAAAGUUAUUUCAGAUAUAGGCUUCGGGUCCCUCCUUAAUCCUGAAAUUCCGUCAGUGCGUAGUUCUCUCAUAUGGUACUUUUACAACCAUAUGGAUCUUGAAAAUUUGAACUAGUCCAACAUGGGGUAAUUUAUCCUUUCACUAUUCAAUCGUUUAAGGAAAUUAUGAAAAUCGAAGAUGGUGGUGAGGACAUCAACUUUGAAGAUUAUGUUGACAUUGACAACAAAGUUCGAAAUGAAGUGUGCAACCUCGAAAAAUCCAUUAAGUGCACUGACUUGGUGGAGCUUAUAACCAACUCUGAAGAAGCUGAUGUUUUGUUCGUUGCACGUUUUAUGUUGGUAGCAUUGGGAUCCUUCUUGGUUCCCACAUCUGGAACGUACGUAAGAAAGCAGUACAUAAAUGCACUCUUAGAUGUUGGGCGAAUAAAGAAGUUGAACUGGGCUUCGUUCAUCUUUAAGUUUUUACACGAGAAUCUGAAAGCACAUCAAAAACGACUCAAUAAUUCGAAAGAUAAGGGCAAGGUUCAUUAUCUCCCGGGUUGUACUAUUUACCUUCAAAUAUAUUAUUGGAGCCAUAUAAAAAGGAAGUUGUACACUUCUCCUCGCCUCGGCCUUCCCAUGGCUUACUGGAAUGAGGACCGAGUGAAAGGAAUAUCCUCGUUCAUCUCCAAGAGUGGGGGAUUUGUGAAUGGGAAGAUUAUUCUACACCCGCCUAUGUUCAGGAAGACAUAUGGCCAUACAGAAGACACUUCCAUUCCAUUAUCCAACCAGGGAGGAACCUCAUCCUCUACAUGCUGCAACUGCAUCUUAAGAGAUGAAAUGAAGGAGAGGGAUAAAAAGUUAGACACUACUUGUCAAGAACUACUAAGAUUAUUUGACUCUUUCAAAGCCGACAUCUCUAAGGACAUCAGAAAGGGCUUCGUCACUAUGAAGCAAUCUAUCAUUGACGAGGUUAAGGAAUCUUUUAUUCCAGAGCUUUGUGAAGCUAUAUUACCUGAGGUGAGAAAAUCUGUGACAGCCGAGUUGCAUCAAACAGUGAUGAAAGAGUUGAGGCAGUCCGUGUUAAUGGAGUUGAGGCAAUCUCUACUAAAAGAACUGAUGGAAGUUAUUGAUAAGGACGGGGAGAGAAAUGAUGAGGAGGCCGACAAAGAAAUGAUGGAAGUUAGUGAUAAGGACGGGGAGAGAGAUGAUGAGGAGGCCGACAAAGAAACUAGCUCGAUGAGCACUUCAAAUGAGGAUCAGUUUGAAAAUGAAAACACGAGAAAUUUGGAGUUUGACAACCCGCCUACCAACAAUCAAUAUGAGGUUGGCCCUGUGGAUUUGACAAUGGUAGAAGACAUCGGUCAUGAAGGUCAAUGCACCUCGGCCAUCAAAGUUCUCCUUGCUUCAAACGCGUAUCAAAAGACCGAAAAAAGAUUCCACUCAAGCAAGGAAUUGUAUGUGGACACUUUCCAGUUGAAGGAGCCAGCAAGCGAGAUUGAAUUUAAGCUGGCAAUGUUCGUUUUCGGAAAAAAUUUUGAUAAAGGGUACCCUUUUGUGAAAUUUCAAAAACUUGAACUUUUUCGGCAACAACUACUGUGCUUGAAGCCUGGAAUGGAAAUAACUGAUUCAGUUAUUAGUUGCUACGCACACUUAUUGACGCUGAAAGAACGUGAAGCAGCCCCAGAUGGAGUACCGAAAUAUUGGUUUAUGCCUUGUCGGGUCUCUCAUGAAAAUCUUGGGUUGUCAUGCUCUGUUAGCACUUGGGCAAGACAACAAAAUUGGAGGGAUCUAUUUUACGGCAAGUUGGCAAAAACUGAACAUAUGUGUGUCCCGGUCAUAUGCAAAACUAAAACUCCCCACUGGUUCAUGUGUGACAUAGACAUGUUGGCGAGUAAGGCAUUCAUUUGGGACAGCCUGAAAACACCACGCGGGAAGGAUAUGAAAGAUUUUCGUGUACGAACUGCUUCUGAAAUGGUACUUACUUUCGAUUGUUUCAUUUCACAUUCUAGGUUCCAAGUUUUUUUUAGAUGAAAACUAGAAUCCAAGUUGAAUAACGAAAUUAUUAAGUAAUUUAAAGAUCUUCAUCUCUUAUACCUUGCAGUUAAGAACACUUGAUGAUCUUCUCCAAGUGGAUAUGGCUCUGGAAUUAGGAGAGAAAUUUAACUUUGCAUCACUUCCCCUAGAUUACGCAAGACGAGUGCCGCAGCAAGAUAAUGGGGUAGAUUGUGGAGUAUAUGUAAUGAAAUUCAUGGAACAUUUCUUCAAUAGAGGCAAUGUUGCUGAAAUUGAUGUUGAGGUAUUUUUUCAAGUACAAGUGAUUGAAAUUAGACUUA